AAACGCCAGCAACCAUUGUUCAGAGCGUCUCGCUAUGCAUUGGCUCUAUCCAGAUUCCCGAAAAGUCAGCAGUAGGGCUAGGGGCUGUCCAAGUAUUCACAGACGGGAUCAUGGCCUCCUCAGCACUGAAUUGCACACCUUUUAUGUUGUGUGUUAUUUAUUGUGCGUUACUUUUUGGUAAUAUAUUUUGCAACGCUGAUUUAGAAGAAGAUGAACAUGCCAAGCAUACGUAUACGGUGGAUAUGUUCAAUGAUGCUGUCCCCACAGCUCCUCACUUUGUCAUGUUCUUCGCCCCAUGGUGUGGUCACUGCCAGAGCCUACAAGGGACAUGGAAUGAGAUGGCGGACAAAUACAACAGCAUGGAGUCGCCGCCCGCCUAUGUUGUAAAGGUUGACUGCACUCAGGACGUCAAGUUCUGCUCCAACGUCCAUGGAAUCAGGGGGUACCCCACGUUGAUGCUGUUCAAGCCCGAGCAGGAGGCGAUGAAGUACCAAGGCUCCAGGGACCUGCAGUCUCUGGAGACCUGGAUGCUCAACACUGUGCAGGAGGAGCCUAUGGAGCCAGAGACUGAGCUGGAGCCUCCCAAAGCCCCAGAGCCAAAGCAGGGCCUGUAUGACCUCACUGCCAGCAACUUCAAGGCCCACAUCUCUAAAGGGUCCCACUUUGUCAAGUUCUUUGCCCCCUGGUGUGGUCACUGCAAGGCCAUGGCCCCCACCUGGGAGCAGCUGGCCACCAGCUUCGAGCACUCAGACAACAUCAAGAUCGGCAAGGUUGGUGACAAGGUCCAACCCUGCCGGAGCAACAGCAGUGUACCGGAGUCACUUAUCUAUGUGGACUGUACCCAGCACUACGAGGUGUGCUCUGAGAACGCUGUGCGUGGCUACCCCACCCUGCUCUUCUUCAAGGACGGAGAGAAGGCGGAUCAGUACAGAGGCAAGCGGGACCUGGAAUCUCUGAAGGACUUUGUAGACGACCAGGUUAAGGCUGCUACUAAGGAGGAUGACGUGCACCCACAUGCUAACGAGAUCCCAGUACCCAGCGCCGAACCUGCCAAAGAGGAGUCUGGCGUUAUUACACUCACAGAGAGCAACUUUGACGAGACCGUGGCCAAGGGGCUGACGUUCAUCAAGUUCUACGCUCCAUGGUGUGGCCACUGUAAGAAUCUGGCCCCUGCAUGGGAGGACCUGUCCAAGAAGGAGUUCCCUGGCCUGACUGACGUGAAGAUUGGCAAAGUGGACUGCACAGUGGAAAGGACGAUCUGCAACAGGUUUUCAGUACAUGGGUACCCCACCCUGCUGUUGUUUAGAGCUGGUGCUCAAGGUGAGGAGCAUCACGGACGGCGGGACUUGGAGAGCCUGCACAGUUUUGUGAUGAAGCAGGCCCGAGACGAGCUGUAGCAUUGUCUAAACAACAUCCACCGUUACUUCUCUCCUCCACCCAACACAGAAUAUCUGGCCAAUGGGAGGAGUCCUCUCUCCCACAACGGCCAGCUCUUAUCUCCCAUCGUUUUCCUUUCAGAAAGGAGUAGCGUCAACGCACUGCUUUUUAACCCCCUCUGUAAUGUCUCAUGAGCGAAGCCAGUCUGAUUCUAUAAUAAUCCAAUAGUUUGUGUGAAAUGUGACUAUUUUGUUUGGGCUGCCCAAACUGUUCCUCUGGAGAGCAUUGGCUGGCUCUGCAAACCACUUUUUGCCAGCGGUACUUAAAUCGGCCAAACCUUAAAAUGCAUACCGCCAUAGUCAUCCCAACACUUGACAACUCAAGCAAAGUCGUCUUAAAUAGUGCCUGCUGGUUGUAUCAAACGUUGGAUUAAUGCUGACCGAGUUUGUCUGAAAUUUUAUAGAUAUAAAAUGUGUUAAUGUUCAUUUGGUGAUUUAAGAAAAUCAUGUUGACGAACAAUCAUGAGCCGUUGAUGUAAUGUUACUGUUGCACAGAGGUCAAAGCCGCGUUUAUUGUUAAGUUGACGGUACUUUUGAUCCAUGCCAGUGACGGCCUAACUAACUUAACUCUCAGGGACCCCCAGUUGGAGUUCUUGGCCUAUGCCAUACUGCAAUCUCUUAUCGGCUAUAUUUUUCUGACGAAUUCCCCCAACUGCUUUUUGGCUAUGACAGGAAAGGCUGCAUGAAACUGUUUCAUGUCAAACUGCCCUUUGUGAGUGAGUGGUCUUCUGUGACAUUGCAAUUGUACUACAAAAAGUCUGAAUGUAAAUGUAUUUUUUGUUGUUCCAUUUUAGUGCUGUAAGAGGUUCAGUCCCACGGUCCAAUGUCAGGCGCCUCGGGAUUGUUUUGGCGUUCUCACUGUUUUAUGAACAAUGAUUGUGAUCGUCUGUUUGGCGCACUCAAGUCAUGCCUUAUGCAUGGAAUGUGCUAGUUUGUCAUGAAAGGAAAACCAUAUGUCAUUAAUCCAUGUUUGAGGGAUUGUCCAACAUGGACGACUUUAAAAAAUUGAACAUUCAGAAUGUUGCAUAGAACAAACGUCUGCUGUAAAUGUAAUCGAUUUUCCAAAGCGGAUGAAUAUUCUGUUCCAUUGACUAAGCCCCGUAUCAGGCCCCAGGAUGUCAGUCAAACACCCAGUGAAGCACAACAACAGUGAUAAGGUAAUUUUACUUUGGGGUUGUUGUUUGGUUUACCUCAGUUGCUUGGGAGGUCAAAAAAACAAAUACCCCAAAUAUAUUAUCCUCCCAUAUAAUGAUCACUCAUGACUUGUUUAGUCCAUAAAUUACAAUGACAAAGUUGAUUUUCUUUUCUUCUUUCCAUAAUGUUAGUGGAUCAGAAUUUUGUUGUGUGUGUUCUAUUCAGGGGUGGUUGAACAUUUUUAAGUGGUCUGAGAAUGUGUUCUCAUGGAGUUGCUGUGUGAGGCAGUUUACAUUCAAUGCUCAAUUAAGGGAAACAAAUGCAUUCAGAGGCUAACCACUUAUUGUCAGUAAAAUCUUUAUGGAUAGUACAUGGUCUAGGCAGACUCCAGUGAAGGAAAGCAGUAUUUUGUUUUUGAGUGGGUUGUACACUGCCCAUGAAUUUUGUAAAAAAAAAAAAAAAAAAGGCAAGUUGUUACAUGAGAUUUUGUAAUAAAAUGUCUUUCCAAAAAUA